UCAUUGACACAACAAAAGACCUGGCAGCUCUGUUCGAGCUGCAGGCCCAAGCCACGCCCGAUGCCAUUGCCCUGGAAGACGAGCACCGCACCCUCACCUACGCGGAGCUCGACAGCCUGACCUGGUCCCUGGCGGACCGCCUGCGCCAGUACGGCGUCGGCCGCGACGACCUGGUGGGCGUCUUGAUGGGACGCAGCGCAGACAACGUCAUUGCCUCCCUGGCCGCUCUGCGCGCAGGAGGAGCCUUUCUCGUGCUGGAGCUGGCGUACCCGACGAGCCUCCUCCACGAUGUCAUUGACGACGCGAAGCCCACCGUCAUCAUCACGCAAAAGGCCCACGCCGCGAGCAUCAAGUCCAGCGUAGCGACCAUCGUCAUCGACCAGCCCGAGCCGGAAGCCGUAGACGGCCACGCGGCCCCCGUCGUAGUCGAGACAAGAGAGCCGCUCCCCGCGAGCGACGACCUGGACCGCCUCGCCUUCGUCUCCUAUUCCUCGGGAACCACCGGCAAGCCCAAGGGCAUCGCUAACCCGCACCGGGCGCCCGUCCUGAGCUACGACCUGCGCUUCCGCACGAGCGACCUGCGGCCCGGCGACCGCGUGGCCUGCAACGUCUUCUUCGUCUGGGAGAUGCUGCGGCCGCUGCUCAGGGGCGCGACGACGGUCGCCGUCCCGGACGGCAUCAGCUACGACCCCAUCGGGCUCGUCGACUUCCUCGCCGAGAGGCGCAUCACGGACACGCUCAUGACCCCCACCCUGCUGACCACCGUCCUGUCGCGGCACCCGAGGCUGGGCGAGGAGCUGCCGGAGCUGAGGUCACUGUGGCUGAACGGGGAGGUGGUCACGACGGAUCUCGUGCGGCGGGCGUGCAGCGCCCUGCCCAACACUCGCCUCCUUAAUGUCUACAGCGCCAGCGAGACGCACGAGAUUGCCGUGGGCGACAUCAAGACUUUCGUCGACUACGAGGCCCGCGUCUGUCCUGUUGGACCGCCCGUAGACCCCGAGCACAUUUACAUCCUCGACGAGGCGGGCAACAGGCUCGAGCCCGGUGUAAGCGGCGAGCUGUUUGUCGGCGGCGACCUGCUCGCGAGGGAAUACCUCAGCCUCCCCGAGACGACGGCGGCGGCCUUCCAGAUGGACCCCUUUGUCAAGAACAAGGAGGGCGCGCGGAUGUACCGCACCGGCGACAUGGCGCGGAUGCUUCCGUCGGGCCUGCUCGAGAUCACGGGCCGCGUCGGCGGCAUGAUCAAGACGCGCGGCUACACCGUCCAGCCCGGCGCCGUCGAAACGACCAUUGUCAAGCAUCUCGCGGUACGGGACUGCGCCGUCGUUGCCCACGGAGAAGGCCUGCAGAAGCAGCUGGUGGCCUACAUCGUCCCUGAUACGGAAAAUGUUCAGGGUCGCACAAUCGUCGUCAUCGACGAGUCUGGCCACAGCCCCGUUGCCCGACGUGCCCUCUCCGCCCAUCUGGCGCACUACAUGAUCCCGCCUCUGUGGGUUGAGCUUAAGGAACUGCCCACGCACGCCGUCUCCGGCAAGACGAACCUCAAGGCACUGCCUCCUCCGCCUCGACCACGGACGCCUGAGCAGAUGGCCGCCAAGCCGGAGAAGAACGUCACCAUCAAGAUGGACACCAUCGUCAAGAUGUGGUCCGCGGCGCUCAACGUCCCCGUCACGAGCAUCACGCCCAAGCACGACUUCUUCGACCUGGGCGGCCACUCGCUCAUCCUGGCCGAUCUCGCCAGCAGACUGACCAAGGCCUUCGGCUUCCCCGUCCCUCUCGGCCCCCUAGCCGGCAACCCGACUCUCGACGGCCACCUCGAAGCCGUCAAGGCCGCCCGCGACGGCCACGCGGAGCAAGUCCAGGCCGACCUCCCCGCCGUCCUCCGCGCAGACGCCCAGCUCCCCGAGGACAUCCAGCCGCACGCCGCCGCGCCGCAGAUGAAGCGCCUCAGCGACGCCGACACAAUCCUGCUCACCGGCUCGACGGGCUACCUAGGCGCCUUCCUGCUCAAGGCCCUCCUGGAGCACACCUCGGCGCACAUCCUCUGCAUGGUCCGCUUCACCGAGCCGACCGAGGACUGCCGCCCCGCCGGCACCGCCCGCAUCCGCAAGAACCUCAUCGACCUCGGCCUCUGGAGCGACGCCAUGCUCGACCGCAUGGAGAUUGUCCCCGGGAACCUCGCCCGCAGCCGCCUGGGCCUGUCCCCCGAGGCCUUUGAGGAGCUCGCCUCGCGCGCGCAGGUCAUCGUCCACGCCGCGGCGACGGUGAACCUCGUCUACCCCUACGCGGCCCUGCGCAACGCAAACGUCGGCGGCACGAGGGAGAUUCUCCGGCUCGCGUCUCGCGGGGGCGCG